UUUUUUUGUUUCAAAAGCUGCGAAGUCGCCAUCUUGUUGGAUGUUGAAAAUUAUUGGAAAAUUGGAAGAAUUUUCUGUUAAUUUUAUUUAUUUUCGUGUUUUAUGUGUUGUAAUUAGAAAUGUCUAAACGUCGUAUUGAAGUGAUGGAUCCCUUUAUCAAAAAGAAAAGGGAAGAGAAAGCAGCCGCGGCAGCCAAGUCGGGCAGUAGCGGCGAGUCCUCAGAGUCUGCACUAGCUACACUAGGCACCAGCAUGCCUCCCACUGCCACCAGCACGCCUGGUGUCAACCCUUUCACUGGUUUACCCCACUCCCAGCGCUACCACGAACUCCUACGCCGACGUCUCGGCCUCCCAGUAUGGGAAUACAAAAACGAUUUCAUGAGACUUCUAAACACCCACCAGUGCGUUGUCCUAGUCGGUGAGACCGGCUCGGGCAAAACCACACAAAUACCACAAUGGUCGGUAGAAUUCGCUGCCGUCACAGCAGGCAAAUCCAAAGGCGUAGCUUGUACACAACCGAGAAGGGUGGCCGCCAUGUCAGUAGCUCAAAGAGUUGCUGAGGAAAUGGAUGUAGCGUUGGGCCAGCAAGUCGGUUACAGCAUCCGUUUUGAGGACUGUUCCGGGCCCCAGACCAUACUGAAGUACAUGACAGACGGUAUGUUGCUGAGGGAAGCCAUGUCGGACCCCAUGCUGGAACAGUACAGAGUGAUCCUCCUCGAUGAGGCCCACGAGAGGACGUUGGCCACGGAUAUUCUAAUGGGUGUCCUAAAAGAAGUUAUAAAACAGAGAGCCGAUCUCAAAUUAGUCAUUAUGUCCGCUACACUAGACGCCGGCAAGUUCCAGCAGUACUUCGACAAUGCGCCGCUAAUGAAUGUCCCCGGUAGAACACAUCCUGUAGAGAUAUUCUACACGCCACAGCCGGAGAGAGAUUACUUAGAAGCCGCUAUCCGCACUGUCAUACAAAUUCACAUUUGCGAAGAAAUCGCCGGAGACAUUCUACUAUUUUUAACUGGUCAGGAGGAAAUUGAGGAUGCUUGUAAGAGGAUUAAGAGGGAAAUUGAUAACUUGGGCCCUGAUGCUGGGGAGUUGAAGUGUAUACCGUUAUAUUCCACGCUGCCACCGAACUUGCAACAGAGGAUUUUCGAGCCGGCGCCGCCUAAUCGAGCUAAUGGAGCCAUCGGACGUAAAGUUGUAGUUUCCACUAACAUUGCUGAGACGUCGCUGACUAUAGACGGCGUGGUGUUCGUCAUAGACCCUGGUUUUGCUAAGCAGAAAGUGUAUAAUCCUCGUAUUCGUGUGGAGUCGCUCCUAGUGUCUCCGAUUAGUAAGGCGUCGGCCCAGCAGAGGGCGGGCCGCGCCGGUCGGACGCGACCGGGUAAAUGCUUCAGGCUGUACACGGAGAAAGCAUACAAAAAUGAAAUGCAGGACAAUACUUAUCCGGAAAUUUUAAGAUCAAACUUAGGGUCUGUAGUUUUGCAGUUGAAAAAACUGGGGAUUGACGACCUGGUGCACUUCGAUUUCAUGGACCCGCCCGCCCCGGAGACGUUGAUGAGGGCACUGGAACUGCUCAACUACUUGGCUGCACUGGAUGACGACGGCAACCUAACGGACCUGGGCGCGGUGAUGGCGGAGUUCCCGCUGGACCCUCAGCUCGCCAAGAUGUUGAUCGCCAGCUGCAACCACAACUGUUCCAAUGAGAUCCUCUCCAUCACUGCUAUGCUGUCAGUCCAACAGUGCUUCGUGCGGCCGAACGAGGCGCGCAAGGCGGCGGACGAGGCCAAGAUGCGGUUCGCGCACAUCGACGGAGACCACCUCACGCUGCUCAACGUCUACCACGCCUUCAAACAGAAUAUGGAAGACCCACACUGGUGCUACGACAACUUCAUCAACUACCGCUCGCUCAAGUCCGGAGACAACGUCCGCCAGCAACUCAGCAGGAUCAUGGAUAGGUUUAACUUGAAGAGGACGAGUACGGAGUUCACGAGCAAGGACUACUACAUAAAUAUAAGGAAAGCAUUAGUCAAUGGAUUCUUCAUGCAGGUAGCCCACUUGGAGCGCACGGGCCACUACCUGACGGUGAAGGACAACCAGGUGGUGCAGCUGCACCCCAGCACGUGCCUGGACCACAAGCCCGACUGGGUCAUCUACAACGAGUUCGUGCUCACCACCAAGAACUACAUCCGCACCGUCACCGACAUCAAACCGGAAUGGCUACUGAAGAUAGCGCCGCAGUACUACGAGUUAAACAACUUCCCACAAUGCGAGGCGCGGCGGCAGCUGGAGCUGCUGCAGGCCAGGCUCGACUCCAAAGCCUACCAGGAAGGUUUCUAGACCACAACCUGACACACACAGACUGUACACCGUAUUAUGUUGUUACUACACGAAUAUAUUGUGAAAUACACGCUUUUGUUGGUGUGAGUUACGGUACCAAUCCCCUAUCCCCAUACCCCCAAAAUGCCGGCAAACUCUUUUAGUGUGAGUGAGGUUACCAGAAGCCUAAUAACCCACCCCAAUCCCUGAUUCCCCAACAACCCUUUAAUUCCUAACCCCCAAAAGGCCGGUAACGCACUUGUAAUGCUUCUGGUGUUUCAAGUGUCCAUGGGCGGCGGCGAUUGCUUACCAUCAGGUGAUCCGUCUGCUCGUUUACCGGCUUAUACCAUAUAAAAUCUUAUUUAUAUUGUAAUAGCUUCAUUUCACAUAAUGUUUACGUAAGUAUGGAGGGAGGGGGUAAGAGAUUGGCUUACUUUUGCUGACAAGGGGGAUGGGGGUAAAUAAUUGUAAUAAAUAUGCUUCAGUAAUAUUUGAACGGCUCCACAGCGCCACCUACCACGCUCCUUACAUACUUCUUUAGCUUCCAUCACAUUGAUAGAUGCAUUUCAAAAUAUCUUCGUGUAGUAAUGAAUGACAUGGUUUGUCUAAAUACAAGUGAAAAUGGACUUUAUAUAACUUGCUAUAAGCUUUGGGAAUAUAACUCUUAUACUUAUAUACAAAUAAAGGUGAUUUUGCAAACUGAUCAAAGUAUUUGUUAAGUAUUGAAUGUUAAACAUAAUAAAAUGUGUCUCUGUCUGUCGGUUAGUUGUCUAGUGAAGAUAUUUGCUCGUUCCAAAGUGUUGUAACCGGGAAUAUAACCCAGGAACAUUUUUAAGUAUGUAAAAAUUACUUAUAGAUACCAAUGGUAUAGUCUAAAAAAGUGGGUGUACAUUGUACAGCGGCAUUACGUGUCAUAAUGUGCACCUCUGCCUACCCCUUCGGGGAUAAAGGGCGUGACGAUAUAAAAAAAUAUAAGUCUAAAAAUAAAUAUUUAUUUGCAAAGUCAAAGUCAAAAUUAUUUAUUUCAAAUAGACCGGGAAGGCACUUUUGAACAUCAAAAGCAAAUAUUAAAAUUGUCAAAUAAAGAUUCGUAGCAAUUGGCGGUCCAUUGUCUCUGCCUACCCCCAUGGGAGACAGGCGUGAAGUUAUGUAUGUAUGUUAAAAUUGUCUGUCUGUCGGUCAGUCCUCUAGUUGGUCUAUUUGCUCGUUCCAAAGUGUAGAUUCCUAUGGAGAAGAACGAGCAAGAAACUCCAUAGGUUACUGUUUUCCAAUCAGAUUCACAAUACAAUACUUGGUUACAUUGUUUCGUUGGUACAACUAUGUGAGAACAAUGUAACACUAAUAUUCAGUUAAAGUGAUCGAAAAAGAAAAUAACCUUAAUGACUAUAUACUUAUAAGAGUCAUAUUCCUAUAGCAUUGUUUUGGCAGUGAAAAGUCCGUGUUUUAUAGUAGCGGGGAUCAAAAUACAAUCAGUCAUAUUAUUGUAAUUGACAUGAGCCGUGUGCCGCGGCAGAGUAGUAUACAUUUUCCACCACCACUACUCUUCACGUGGGUGUAUUAUACCCGACAAAAAACCAUGUUGUCCCACACUAGGAACUUCUCCUGUGUCGUGGGUGCGUUUACAAACAUACAUUAGACAGAGACCGGGCAGCAGCGCUCUCUGAUAAACCUAAACCUUCGGUAUAUGACACCCGCGCGAAGAGUAGCGGUGGUGUUAAAUUGAAAUAGUUGUUUAAAAGUUAGACACAGCUAGUUAAUGACAACAAUACAGUUAGGUUUAGUGAACAUAAGUUAAGCUAACCUUUUUAUUCAAAUACACAUUAUUAAGGAGUUUGAUUACCGAGCUGAGCAAAGUAUUAUUUGAGCUCUCGAUACUGCCGAGCUGGUCUAAAGUUCGAUUCCCGAGUAUUUUCAAAUAUUCACCUCUAUUAGGGUGCUUUUUAAGCAGAGAUGUGCUAUGUAGCUAUGCUACGAAGAUGUAAUAGCUAAGCUGUGAAACUAUGUGACCGUUUCCACUUAUACUAAGCUAUGUAGCUGUGCGAGGAAGAUGCGCAGCUCGAGUAUGCGAUGUAUCGGUAGCACGCAUCUUUCCAUAUAAAAAACAUAGCUUAUCUGAGUCCGUUUCCACCAGUGCUAAGCUAUGUGUACCAAUGAAUAUGAUUGGUGGAAGCCAAACGCAUCCACAACAACGUAGCAUAGCACAUCUCUGGUGGAAAAGCACACUAAGGUGUUUGCUAAUCCGUGCACCUCUGCCUACCCCUCAGGGAAUACUGCAUUAUGUAAACUUGUUUAGUAAUAAACAACUAAAGCUUUAAAAGUAGUUUGCGUAUGAAAAAAAUAGAUUUUAAAAGCAUAUUUUGUUUUCGUAUUAAUUCAAUUAUGAUUUCUAUAAAAAUGAAUGAUAAUUUGUUUUGUAAAGUUGGUCAAACUACUCUAAUUAUGAACACGCUUUUACUAAGUCCAGUGUGACUUUUUCCGAGUUAUAUGUACUUUCUAAGUUUAUUUAGACACCACUGACAAACGGUGAAGGAAAACAUCGUGAGGAAACCUGGGCUUAUAAUUUCUAAUUAUAAGUUUGAAAUCGCCAACCCGCAUUGAGCAAGCGUGGUGAUUAAUGCUCAAACCUUCUCCGUGUGAGAAGAGGCCUUUGGUCAGCAGUGGAGUAUAGGCUGUUGAUGUGAUGUGAGAUAUGUUUAUUUCUCCAGACGAUUAUUAAAAGCGUGUUUUUCUAAAACUAUGUAUUGUAAUUAAAGUAGUUUGACCAGCUAGAGACUAUCUGUCGGUUAAAAUUAAUCAGGCAACUAGCUUUUGAGUGGAAUGUUUAAUAUAUAAGAUCAAAAAUAAGUUGCAAUUAUAAAACAAGGUAUAUUAAUUUGAAUGCAUCUCUCGUAAAGUUGUCAUGAAGAUAAGUAUUCACUGUAUAGAGUACCCGCUUCGGUAUAUAAUGUAUUAAGAUUAUACAUAAUUGUAUUAUGUAAACACUAUCAUUAGAACUUGAGACGGGAUAGUUACCAUGUUUAUUAAAUUUUUCAUAGACUGCCUCGUUGGUCGAGUGGUCGCAAGUGCGACUGCCGGACAAGUGGUUUCGGGUUCGAUUCCCGGGUCGGUCGAAGUAUUGCUGGGUUUUUUUCGGGUAUUACUCAGUAGUAGCACGGUGUCUGGGAUUGUGACCAGUAUAUCGCAAUAGGCUCACCCCUAUUACAUGGGACUUAUAACACAAAUGGUGAAAAGUGGGUGUACAUUGCAUAGCGGCAUUACGUGCCAUAAUGUGCACCUCUGUCUACCCCUUCGGGGAUUAAAGGCGUGAUGAUAUAAAAAUAAUAUAAAUUUCUAUGAGUUUCCGAUAUUUCGGCACUGUUGCAAGCGCCAUGAUCACGGAUGAACUCUAGUUCAUCCAUAGACAUAAAUAAACAUGGUAAAUAUCCCGUGUCAAGUUCUAAUGAUAGUGUUAGUGACCAUGUCAGUUUAUAAACUUGUAUGUAAACACAUUUGGGCCUUAGACUUCUCGAUGAAAGCAAAAUAACUUGUAUUGGAGUGGACAAACUUACAUAAACAUCUAUUUGGUAUUAUUUAUGUUAAAAAUAAUGAUGGUUUUGUUAUUUGAGCAAAUUAUUUGUUGAUUUUUUUGGCAUACAUAUUGAUAUUGAAUUAAUAAGAACAAUGUGAUGUUAGAUAUUCGUGUCAAAUAAAACUGUGUUUGUCAAAAUUAAUUUGUUAAUUUGGUUUAUAAUUAUUUGUGAUUGAGAUGUUGAUGUCAAAACAUUUAGAUUUUGGCCUUUUGUGACAAAUCUAUUAUAUUUUUUCAAAUGAGUAUACGUUAAUAUCGAUUGCUUUCGGCCAAAAGAGCGGAUAUUGAGUUAUACACAUUAGUUGAUGGAGAAAAUCGAAAUAAAUGUCGCUUUACCCUGUUUUGGUCGGAAGGCAUCGAUACGCUGUUAGAAGCGAAUAGGUAAACACUUCAUAGCAGCUCCUAAAUUCAUUUGGCGUCGGUUACUGGGUAGCUAGACACGCACUCUGUAACCUAGCGUCCUAGGAACUUGCCUAGUUUACCUUAAGGUAAGCGUCCACAGGCCCGCAUCGCACGCAUUCCGUAUGACGUCAUCAGUACGCAUCGCAUGUAGACAUUGCCGAUGAUGCGGUCCGUACGAUGCGGAUCAGUGGACGCAGUUGUAUGAGUUUCUAUACAAGACAAACUAAAAUCCGUUGCGUGCGAUGCGUACGAUGCGGGCCUGUGGACGCGUACCUGGGCAUAAUGACAAUGUUUUGUCUAUCUUCAAGCUUGUCCACUCCAUUACAGUGUAAGCAGUCCUUGGCUCCUGUAUCUGUUGUUUGAAAAGAGCAAAUAUUUUGGAAAUUUUGUACGAAUGCCUAACUGAUGACAAUGUAAGGUACACAUGUCGGGUCCCCGACCGGUCGGCUUAUGUGGAAUAUUAAAUAAUGCGUAAGAUGAA